AUGGCUAACAUUAACCUGAAAGACAUUGAGGCCAGCAAGGAGACUGUUGCUGCUUCAUCCGAAGGAAGCGUUGGUCCUGCAGUCUCUCAUUAUGGUCAAGAAGCCACUCAUCGCCUUCUACGCAAGCUCGACUGGCGCCUCCUUCCUUUCCUCUGCCUCAUUUACAUGCUAUGCUUCUUAGACCGGACCAAUAUUGGCAAUGCGCGUCUGGACAAUAUGGAAGUCGAUCUUCACAUGGGUGGGCUCGACUACAAUGUUGCCCUGUCGAUAUUCUUCCCGUUCUAUGUUAUGUCCGAGAUCCCAAGCAAUCUAAUGCUCAAGAGAGCUUCCCCGCGCUACUGGUUCUUGCUCAUCAUGGUUACGUGGGGUAUCAUCAUGACCUGUCAAGGGCUUGUCAAGAACUACGCUGGUCUUCUGGCUUGUCGUGUCUUCUUAGGCUUGUCUGAGGGUGGUUUGUUUCCAGGCGUAACUUUCUACAUCACCAUGUGGUAUCCUCGACAUGAGACUGGACUGCGAAUGGCAAUCUUCUUCUCCGCCGCCACUGUUGCUGGUGCCUUUGGCGGAUUCCUAGCUCGCGCCAUUGCUUUACUGGAUGGUAAGGGAGGACUAGGUGCUUGGUCUUGGAUCUUCAUCAUUGAAGGUCUGCUUACGUUCUUGGUGGCUCUCUUCUGCCCACUUGCUAUUAGCGAUUACCCUGACAAAGCCAAGUUCCUCACCGAAGAGGAGAGAGUUGAGGUCAAACGCAGACUUACAGCUGACACGUCCUUCUCUGAUGAUUUCGACUGGAGAUACGUUAAGCAAGCCCUGACUGACUGGAAGAUCUACGCGAACAUGGUCCUUACGAUUGGAUUGUUCACUGCGGUCUACUCCAUCUCCCUCUUUCUUCCUACCAUCCUGAAGAAUCUCGGCUAUUCAUCCAAUAAAUCACAACUGAUGACAGUUCCCGUCUAUAUGGUUGCUUUCGUCUGCACAAUCAUCGGAAGUUAUGUCGCGGAUAAAUCUCGCCAGCGAGGAGUAUUCCUGUUGGGCUUUGAGGUAUGCGCAAUCGUGGGUUUUAUUAUGCUAGCAGCCAGUAGCAAGCCUAAUGUUCAGUACGCUGGGACUUUCUUUGCGGCAGCAGGCAUAUACCCAAAUGUUCCUUUGAUCGGUGCAUGGAACUCCAACAACCUUGCCGGAAGUACAAAGCGCGCUGUGGGCAUUGGAAUGCAAGUUGCCUUUGGCAAUCUUGGAGGAGCAAUCUCUGGAUUCAUAUACCUCUCAAAGGACGAGCCACGUUUCAUCCGCGGACACUCAAUCCUCAUCGCUCUCAUCUCAACAUCCUUGGUCAUGACUUUGUUCAUGACCUGGUGGUUUCGUCGCGAGAAUUGCCGACGUUCUAGACUGAUGAUGCUUGGCAACUUCACACCAGAGAUGCUGAAGGCUCAAGAAGAGGAGCUGGGCGACAAGUCGGUUACGUUCCUGUACACAGUCUGA